AAGGAAGGAGGAGAGAGAAAGCUGCCGCGGGGAGCUGUCGAAACUCGGAGUCAAAGGAGCGAGCGAGCACAUUCCGGAGCGGAUAUUUCGAGUGGAAUUGUUGAAUCGAAAGGUACGAAGAGCACCUGAGAAACGCACUGAUGAUUUACUCCGUGCAGACUAAGCAUCGCCGGGCAACGUUUUCAUGAGUGAACCAAUCGAUUGAUCUGGAACGGGCGCGGUGGCAGAAAGGAGGAACGCUUUUUUAGUUUAUUUCGCAUUUAAACCAAUGACCGAGACGAUAUUAAACAGGUGAAACGGCGAGCGAGAGAGAGAGAAAAGACCGAGGAUUAUGCCGUCAGGAGGGACGAAAGGCAGCGAUUGAUCACUCGGGGGGACAAUAUUUCGUGGCAGUGCAAGUGGGUUUUUUAAUAUUGUGCAAUAUCACGAUCGAAUCGUAUAAUUUUACCGACGGAACGAACAAAGCCAGCACGAAGUAGCACCUCGAGUUUCCAGAAUAUUUACAGUGUAGUUUCACGUAGCCGCCGUCCUCAAAUCAGCUGAAACUCCAAAUCGAAUCGCCGGGGUGCUCGAGUCCGUUAGGAGGCAAAAAAUCACACCGAUUUGCCGCAUCUUCGGUGAGACUCUGAAACAAGAAACUAACUCGAAAGGCUCUCGUCGGAGCCCGCAGCAAAGUCGGUGGAAAUUUCGACGACAAAGUGCUUCGAAAGGGCGUUGAAAAAGUUCCGAAAUUGAUGUACGCGGCGAUAUUGCAAAGAUCGUCGAGUCCCCUGCGAGGUGAAUUCCCAUCGAAAUCGUCCCGCACGAUUUUCAGAGGCUUUUUCGAGCCCCGAUACGUCGACGGAACUCGAAGCCGUCAGGACUUUUGUUAACUUGGAAGAAAAUAUCUACUUUUCUUCUCCCCGGCGGAGUUUCUGGGAGAGAUCCGAUCGACGAAGACACGAGCGGUCACUCAUCACGGAUAGUAACCACUGUUCCGGCGAACAUCGAUUCUUUCUCUCUCUCUCUCGCAAGCUCCGAUUGAAAGCGGUAAAGCUGUAAGCUCGGCAAAGCUCGCGGGAUAUUCGGUCGAGCGCUUAGUACGUCAGGGCGCGCGCUUCUACCUUUUUACACGGGUCGCGCUCGUUAUAUCGAUUACUUUCGAAAAUAGAAGGCGGCAAGCGUGCGCGGCCGGAAACACCUGCUCUCCCGUGGUGUGCAGUGUCUUUCUCUCUUUCUCUCUCGCUCCUCGACUCGUACGGUCUCACGCGGGCGCGGAGUAACCCGCCUUUCUGGCCAGUUGUUUAACACUUUUCUCUUUCUACCUCGGCGUUCGUGUGCGCGCGUGUGUGUCGCCGUACGGGCGCGCGUGUGUCUUUUGGUGUGCGCGCAUGUCCGCGUGUGUCGAAGCGCGUAAAGAUAACUACAGUGGCGACAGGUGCUGUAUGUGUACUGGAAAGCGCGGCUAAUGAGCGUGAAGCACUUGUAGCGAGGGAAAAUAAAAGAAAGAGAAAAUACGAGGAGCGAGUUAAUUUCGUGGUGAAAUCCGCCUUUUGUUUGUUCAUCCUUCGAAAAUCGUUUGUUUCGUUAAAUUAAAUAAAUCUUGUGGUAAACAUUGUGAUAAAUUGGCCGGAGCAAGGAGCCCAAAGCUGAAGAAAUUUUUUGAAUACGUAAGAGUAAAUCCGCUCGGAAAAACGAAGGGAACAGUAGGCAGCGGCCGUAGCAGCGGCAGCAGCAGAGCGAAUCCGUUUUUUUGGCAAAGGCUCCAAGCGGGGGGAGCUCCCGGGAGUACAGUGGGGGGGCUUAGAAAAUUCGGAGUUCAUAAAGUCGUGGAGGCGCCCGUCGUCUUCGCCGGUACAACCAUAACGCCGCCCGCCCUAAAACGCCCGAGACGGGAAACGGUGGACUCAUCCCCGCCACCCGCUCGUAUCGCAACAUCCUCAGGCGUCGUAACAACGUCGUCUUCGUCCUCCGGUAAUCCCGGAACGUCCACCGACCUCGUCUGCAUACACGGCGGCAUGGACGCACCGUUGUCCCAGAGCAUGGACUCCGUAAAUACGGUAGCUACCGGCGAGGACGAGGUGCGCACCUUGUUCGUGAGCGGUCUGCCGAUGGACGCCAAAGCAAGGGAAUUAUACCUCCUCUUCAGAGCAUACGAGGGGUACGAGAACUCACUGCUCAAAGUAACUUGCAAGAAUGGGAAGACCGCAUCGCCAGUGGGAUUCGUGACCUUUCAAACGAGGGCGGGAGCCGAGGCAGCCAAACAGGACUUACAGCAGGGGGUUAAAUUCGAUCCUGAAAUGCCACAAACAAUACGUUUGGAAUUUGCAAAAAGUAACACAAAGGUUAGCAAACCCAAGCAACCAGCCGCUGCAGCAGCCACCUCGCACCCCGCUCUGAUGCACCCUCUAACCGGACACUUAGGAAGCCCUUUCUUCCCGGGUGGACCGGAACUGUGGCAUCAUCCAUUGGCAUACUCGACGGCAGGUGAACUGCCAGGGACGCUACAACAUGCGACGCUCGUCCAUCCUGCGUUACAUCCUCAGGUCCCCGCGCCAAUGUCUCUGCCACAUCCGACAACGCUGACGUCGAUACACGCGACUCUGCCACACUUUUUACCGUCACCGGCACUGGCGUCGCCAGUAGGCUCGUCCUCCUCCCAGCCCAGCAUAGCGGUCAGCAACGCGCCGUGUUCGACUCUGUUUGUCGCUAAUCUGGGACAAUUCGUAUCGGAGCAAGAGCUCAACGAGAUCUUCAACAGUUUUACUGGUUUCUGUCGGCUUCGUAUGCACACGAAGGGAGGCUCGCCCGUGGCAUUUGUCGAAUUUCAAGACGUACGCUACGCUGCCCAAGCGAUGGCAGCACUCCAGGGAUCCUUACUCCUCUCCUCCGACCGGGGACCGAUACGAAUCGAAUAUGCAAAGUCGAAAAUGGCCGAGGUGGGCUUUACAAAUCUCUGGAUCGAAGUAGUUUGAACGACUUUGCAACUAAUUCGAGACGAAAACGGCCUGGAUAUUGAAGGGGAUCGAAGGGAGAGAAAAACGGGCAACCUUAAGAUCGACAUAAACGGUAUGUGAGGCGAAUAAAUGAGACAACGAAAAGUCUACAUUUCUCAUCUAGCAGAAAAAAAAACAAUAAAAAAAAAACUAAAAGAAAAGAAAAAAGGAAGUUACGUGGAUCAACGUCGAAGCGACGAGGUAAAUAAAACAAAACGGCGAGAGCUAAAUUUCGACGCGGUUUAGGAUAAUUACGAGAGAAGACAACGGUGCCGUGGGAAUUAAGGAGGUGAGCGGCCAGAUCCAGAGAUAACUGAAGAAAAUAUCUCGUCUCUUCGAGGAGUCACUAAUUAUAGCGGCGUCAACGUGUUAACGAAAAAUCUAGACAAAUUUUGGAGUAACGGGGACAAUAGGCGUGAGGAUGAGAGACAAAAAGCAAGCAAAUAAUCUCGUUGUUUAAAUAGAAAAAUUGUUUUCGUCUAUUCGGCGGUGCGUUUUCACAGGAUAAAUAAAGAGCGACGUCGGGGUCCAAAUUCGGUGGAAAAUGGAGGCCGGAAGGGGAGGGACAAGACGAGGCAAACGUGAAUAAGCGUUGGCUUUAAAGUAUUUUUAAAAGAAAUUGUUAAGCGGUGAUCAAUCGCCAUUACUGUCAUUCGACGAAGUAAUUGUUCCAUUCGAUCAGUAGAACCGUCACGAUUUUCCAUUUAUUUUCGUCUCCACAUUCGAGUGUCGACAACAGUCCGAGCGAGCGAAAAGAGAGCGAACAAAAAUCAGGAUGAACUCAAGAAUUAGUAACUUUAAACCAACCAGAUUUGGGCGAUUCAUUAGUUCGUCGUUCACGACGCGGCGCUCGCAGUAUCAGCUUCGAUAGUUUUCACGCUCACGAUAUAUUUCGGGGUCCAAAUGAUUUUCGGUUCGUAUAUUAAAAGUUGAAAAUGUUAAAUUGCCACUGUCGAACGCCGCCGCGAGCACGGGCGUAAACAACACUGCGAAAGCGCACUCGCUUCGUCCUUAGUCGUCGCGAGGCGACAUUUUUCAUUCAUUAGCUAAAUCUGGUUUUAAGCGCGUUUUAUCCAAUCUUUAAAAAUUCAAAGCAAGACAAGAAAAAACGCGAAGAAAGCACCGACGCAAAGAAACGACUUGUUGAAUUAACAAAAGAACAAAAUUUAUAAUAAUCGUAAAUUCAAAGUGCGCUAAUAAGUGGAAGAAAAUAAGAAGAAACGAACGCUCCUCGCUGCGCAUCUUCUCGUUGUGUAAAUAAGGAUUAAAACAAAAGAAAAACAUGAAACAAAGUAAAAGACAGAAUAACGACGGACUUACAAGAUUUUAGUCUCAAACGAGCCCGAGGGAGUGUCAUACGAUUAAUUAAAUCUGAUAAAUAUAUAUAUAUAGCCGUAACGCGAUGAAAAAAAAACGGAAACUGAGAAAAAGAGAAAAAAAAACGAGAAAAAAAAAUGUCAAGCUUAAUACCAAAGGUGCCCUAAGAAACGUGUAUUUAUGUUUUUAUCAUCGGCAUCGCGGCAGUCGCGAGCUUAUAAUACCUUGUUAACACUAAAAAUAAUAAAAGCAUGAAAGGCUUUUUUUCUCUCUCGUUUUAAGUAACGAAAAAAGAUGAAACGAAAGAAAGAAUAUGAGUGCGUAUGAACGAGAUAAAGAGAGGAAUAAAAAAAAAGAGAGAAACACACGAAAGUAUCGUGCUUGAGGGGCGCGAGAGUAAGAAUGUUUCGAUACCCCAAUCGAUAAGUAUAAUAUUUAAGGGUUUACGAAUGCGAACAUAUCAUAGGGUUAGGACGACGAGGGGACAGCGAAAGAAAUUAUUUAGGGAAGGAAAAAUUUGAGUAACGAAUAUUUAGGGGUUGACUAUUUGGGGAAUAAAUGUAUUUAGCGAAUGAAUAAUCGAUGGGGCAGAAGAUGAGCAAGCGUCACUGGUUAAUGACGAGCGUUUUUUACAGAGCCCGAAAGUAUUGAGGGGACGAAAGAGUGAUACGAGAGGGUCAAGAUGCAGGCUGCGAUAUGAGGCGAGGCAAACUAACGGAUGGACAAGUCUCAGAAGAAAGGAACUCUUUUUGUCGGGCUUUAAAAACUUUCGGCUUUGAGAGAGCUCUUGGCCAACCGCGCUCGAAGCGUGCCAUCCGAGGGCGGACAUAUUCUGUCAAUGACAAAAGACUUGAUGAAAAUAAUGAGAGAAAAAGAAAAAGAAGAAAAAUUAAAACGUAAAAAGAAACAAAAAGGAAUAGGACGGCCAAAGUCUCGGCACAUUAUUUGCCCAAGUGCCUUCCUUGUUGGUCGAUUCCACUGCUAACUCCACUUUGCACCCUGUUCUAAUCGCACACACGCUUCUCCUUCUUCUUCUUCUAUCGAAGCAUUCAAUAUUUUCACAUAAUUUGAAGAAAAAACUCAUCCAAUCUCACACCCGAAAACAUCUGUUUUGGUAUUCGUUUUUCAAACUUUGCCCAAAAUAAGAAAUACCGAGUCGAUUCGUCCGAACGAACAUGCCAACCAGCCCCAGCAGUUCGCUACUUCGGAAAUUCACUUUUCACGUUUGUACUCUUCCAAACAUUCCGUGCCACUGUCCACAAGCUUUUUGGAAUAAAAUGGCGCUCAAACAUUCCUCUGUCGCGGUACCGUCCUCCCAAUCCUCAGCUUUUGCUUCCUCCUCCCUUCCUUCUUCUUAAGGUAGAUGGGUGACGGUCAUCCACCUUUUUUCAUAUCUUUCCAACAUUUCAAAAGAGAAAACUCACUUUAACGUAAUAAUUUUAUUAUUUUAGAAAUAUUAUCGGUAGAGAACCAACAGUUUUAUAAGAUUUUAUUAUUUAAAAAAACGUUUGAAGAGCUCAUUUUAACUGGCGCGGUGCAACAGCUGCCGCGCUGCUGUUCAUCUCACGCUUUAAUUUUUGUUUACUCAUUUUGUAGAUCACGAAGCGAGUUUACUGUCCAAAGUAAACUGUGCAGUGGAGGAAAAUGAAUAGAUUAACGAUAAAAAAGUUAACCGGGAUAAAAAUGGUCGUUUUGUAACAGACAUUUGCAGUGUAAUCUGAAUGAUUUCUCGUCAGAUAUUUCUUCAUAUAGUUGAGCCACGAUUUUCAACGGUAAGCUUCAAAAAUUGUGUGUAUUCUUGAAUACCCACGAAAUACAAGGAUCCAUUUUGUUUUUGAUAAAUCUUGGAAAUUAUAACCAAUGAAAAAAUUCAAUAACUUUUCAUGUGUCAGAAAAAAGUCGAUAUUCAAUAAUUAAGGUAUUCCAUUCGCAUGAGCGUAUUUAUUGGUGGCAAAUUGGGGCACUCGAAAUUUCGACUGAUUCCGAACCUCUGAGAAGUCGUGGUUACAUAGGAAAAGCUUCUGCUUCUGCCAUUUUUCCAACUUCUAUCGUCAAUGUCUCUCUUAAACAUUCGGUGGCCCUUUAGUUUUAUCGUUGCUGUGGUUUCCUUAAAUUUUCUUCUAUCUGUGAGACAGUUCGUAUCAGGAAUUAAGAAUUAUUUACUAUAUGAAUUAUUGAAUAGAAAUUGGCAAUGAUGGAAUCUUCGUAAGCUGCAGUAUAAAUUUUACGACUUUUCAAGUUUUAAUUCUUCAUUAAAUGUUCGAUAAUUGAAAUUUCGCCAAUCUAUUCGCAUGCACUUUUACUUUACCGUUAUUUAAAAUGAGUUAUUCGUAGAAUAUUCGGGUUCGCGAAAGCAAUACCUUAAUUUGUCGCUAAACUACAUGGUAACUAGCGUCCAAAUUUUUCAAGUGUAUCCAGUACUAAUUCAUUUUUGCGUACCAAAAAUAUCGCGUAAUCUUGGACAGCGAAUGUUCACCCAUCUACCUUAAAUGCGUUGCCGAAUGCGACUGUGCACCACGGUUGAGGGAGCAAAAAGGCCAACCAACGUUUUUGGCGCUCACAAACGUCGAAUUAAAAUGGCCGAAUCGUGGGCGAGUAAAAUACAUAUCAGGCACGCUUAAGAGUCUUAGCUUAUUCUAUCAUAUCGACUAAUAUUUAUUGUAACUUAACACUAUUUAACGAAUUAUCUCAUAGGAGGAAAGUAAAAGGUGAAAAAAAAGCUGCGAAGGAAAGAGCCGACCAAUGAAAUUCGUUCGCCGGAGUGUGGCGCACCGUAGAAACCGUUUUUACUGCACUCCUUAAAGAAAUAUUUAAACUCUGAAGAAACCGUAAGAAUUUGAUGAUCUUUGUAGAACGGAACGAAAGACGCGGGAGAGGCUUUCAGCUCGUUUGGAUAAACAGCAAAACUGCGUGAUCUUUUGUUACUGAGAGAAAGCCACUCGCUGCUCCGAGGAUUGUAGAAUCGUCUCAGAACGGGUCGGAAAGUUCUCGGUGUCGAAAUCCUUGAUUAUCUCCGGGCUGAGACCUGCGCGGUUAACUUCAUUUCCGACAUUAAUUUCAACGCUUUGGAGCUCUCGUUCCACUGGAAACUCCCUCAACGUCAACUACCCACUAAAUCGCAGAGCUUUUCUUAGCCUUUUUCUUCUCUACCGAUAGCUUUUGCUCUUCCGCGUACAAUCAACGGGUCGAAUUAACAGUCAGGCAUGUCGAGCGAAUUUUGCAGUAGCGAAGAAUUCGGUUUGAAAAUUCGCACGAAGAUCGCCUCGGUUGCUCAGCUCGAGUCAAUUGUUACCAACGCGAGUGAGAAACGGGACAAAAAGCUUGCUGAAAAUGAUUUUAAGGUAGUUCGUGCACGAAACGAUUUUCUUGAGAAAGUCUUGAAAUUUACACAGAGUUUAAGUGGGCAUCGACUGACGCGCAUGUCAAAUUUUAAAGGACUCGUUUCAUUGUUUAUUUAAAUAAACGUCUUUAUUAAAUAUGAAAAAAAAUACACAGGAGUAUAGGGACUGUGCUUAAAAAAUCGUUUAUCUUUCUAUAUAACGAAUGAACGCUUCUUACAAAAUUUAUGAAAAAUCGCACACAAUAACAAUAAAGUAUAUUACGAAAGUCUGGGAAAAACAGUCGAGACGAUUGUCUUACUAGUAAUGAAGACAUAUUACCUUAAAGAUUGAACGAAAUUGGUUAAACGUGCAAUCGUAACUUCACAUUUGCUUGUUUGGGCAUAUUGUUUCUUCUUGGCUUAGCCCAUUGCCGUCAAAAAGACAGAAGUCUUUUUAUUAUCACUUUUUUCUUGAUCCAUUUCUUUUUGACAUAAAAAAAGAACAGUAUUUUAGCGAGGGACGAAUGGAAUUGGGGUUCGGUCAGUGUUGGAUCCCCGUUUAUAAUUAACGGCUUGUAAUUUCAUUCGCCAAAAAAUAAGUUGAAAAAACGUAUUUACAAUUUGGAAUAAAUGACUCCGACGUUGAUUUAGAGUGAUAAUAUCUUUAAUUAUUCGGAGACCCAUAAAAUACGAUAUUUCGGGCAUGAUCUACCUUAACGGAGUUGAAUUGAGGGAAGAGUAUCGACACCCGUAGCCGUGGGACUGGGGCGUCCUGGGAGGAAUGAGAAUGUAAAAUAACGAUGAGAAUAUACGACGAAGAUGAAAGUAUUUAGAAAUAUAUGCACGGAGUCAAGUGUCUUUGAAUAAAUUUGUGCUUUUAACCGAUGAAAGUAUCUCAACUUCAUUAUUUCAUUCAUCAUUAAAGAGGAAAAGUAAUGAAUAAAAAGUCGACUGUUUGACACAACAGUACUUGCGGGGCCUUGUAAACUCUUUUCGUGCCAGUUCCAAAACUUUACAAUCGCCACGAAUUAAUCACGAUUUAAUGCCAAUUUGAAUUCGAACGAAACGUCAAGACUUGUGGUCCAUCGACCGCUAUUACGAAGCGUCGAUGACCCGAUGCGUUUCAACCGUGGAACAGCCUCGUUCCUUCGCACUGCCCAUGGGAUCGAGGCACAGUUACUCUUUUCUAGUAGUGCAUCACGCUCCCUCGAAAGUCUCGCUCCCGAUAAGAAAGGAAGAAUCGCGAAGAAAGACCGAGAAAUCGUCGUAGCAUGAGAGAAAAAUCCCGACGACGUACAAUCCUCGUAAGAAAAUACCUCGAGAGAGAGAGAGAGAGAGAGAGAGGAAGAUGAAGAAGAAGGAGAAAAAGUCGAGCGGUGCGAGAAUUCCUGGUGCGAGAGGUCCAAUUUCACGCAACGAUGGACCUCACGGUCUGGUUUGUUGCUCACAAUUCUCUAUUUUUUAUUUCCUCCUUAGUUCACCCGUAGCCUUCUAUUUUGCCCCCAACCUCGUUCACCACGCUCGCGAUACCGCGUCGAGAUUCUUCCCCAUUUUUCCUCGCUCUCGUUUACAAAUCACAUUUCGUUUUUCACAAAAUGUCCUCACCACGAAAGCACCGAACGCACUGUCCCGCGUUGACAGCUGUUUUUUCAUUCACCAAACCGGAGAAGUUAGGGAUCGAGGAAUAAAACGGACGAUUAUUAUAUAUUCGAUCGACGGAAGUUACGCAAGGCCGACGAAAAUUCAAUAAAAACAAAGCAUUCACUAAAAUAGAGAGUCCAAAACGAAGUUGAUUAUUACGCGAAGAUAACGAUCGUUUUCUAUCUUUAAAAUUAAGAGACAGAGAAUCAUGAGGAAUGUGAGAAACAGAGAGGCUGAAAGUUGUUGUGAAUUUCGUGCGUACACGUUAAAUUAAUGCGAACAAACUAAAAUCUACAUAAAUCACGACGUAUUGAAUCAUUCUUUUUGUUAUUACCAUUUGUUUUUAUCUCUCGAAAUAAUAACCAAUUGCGAUGUUUUAGAUAUAAAUAAGGCUACGUUUUAACUGUAUCUUACUUACUAAGAACAUUCAGGGUGGGGAAGGAAUAAACAAAUGCGAUUAAACACACCGUAAAUCGUAAGAAACACGUUAACACGAGAACGAAAUCGAUUUAUCGAUGACGAAUAAAAAUAGGUUGGAUUUAAAGUGCUUUACAAGUGAAACUAAUUCAUAUCAGUAGAUAGUAAACGCUCUAUACAUGCAUAUAUAUAUAUAUAUGUAUAUAUGUACGUAUAUAUAUACAUUAUACAUACGAUAAAAUAUCACAAUUAUUAAGAUUAUUAUUAAUAAUAUUACGGUUCAUUAUUACUACUAUAAUUAUAUUCGAAUAACGUAUUAGAGUGGUAUUUCGUGUAAGUUUUAUUAGAAUAACUAUGUAUACACCGUAGAGAGAGAGAGAGAGAGAGAGAGAGAGAGAGAGAGAGAGAGAGAGAGAGAGAGAGAGAGAGAGACGAAAUGCUGGAGAAGACAUGAAAGUAAUAUGAAUUCUAGACGAGUGAAAAUUUCGUCAAAUUAAUGAGAUAGAAAAGUUGAAAAAUACAAAAAGCAAAUGAAUGAAAUGACACUCGAGAUAAAAAAUCCACGUCAAUCAGAUAUUUUGUACCGCAAUUAGCUUAAUUAGACGUUGGGAGUAAAAGAAAAGAGGAAUGGAUAAAAAGUGAAGUGAGAAAUUGGUUUGGUGGUGUCGGGUAAAAGGGAAAGGACGAUCGUCGUUGAGGUUCUGAGGAACGAAAGUCGACGGCGCAGUAAUGACCGUUCGGUUUUAUAAAAUGUUUGUCGGAGGGGGCUGGCUGUCACGUGAUGAUAAAUCGAACGUCAUUCGAAAUGAAAUCUCGUUAGCGUUGUCACCAAAGAUUUAUAAAUAUUCAAAUGUUUAUCCAAAGACUAAGCCAACUAAAUAGGACGCGAGAAGGAAAAAAAGCUCCUUCAAGGGAGAGAGGAAAUACCUUAACUUCGAUCGAUCACGUCGAUGCAACGCUACAAAAUUUCACCAAUUGGAAAUAGAACGGAAACAAAACUCAUUCGAUCCACUCGUCCGAACGAUUGUCUCCUUGGAAAUAUUGUACUUACAUCGCGAUUAAGACAGACGACACGGAAUUUAACGAUGAGAAGAUAGUGAGAGCGAGACAUAAUAAUUUUAGCUAAGCGGGAUCAAAGACAAAAGAGAAAUAUGCCGAGGCUGUACUUUAAUUUCAUUUUUAAUCGUGAUAGGAAGUGUGUCAAGUAUUUUAUACUUUAUAUGCUUAAAGAAAAAGACAUUUUUCAACACUC